UGCAUCUUGGGUACAUAACUCCAUGGUGAUGCAGUGAGCCUGUUGUGUAGACUGGAAACCAAAGUAAAGUAAACGGGGGAGGGUCGGCUACGGGGGGGCUUUCAGUGAGUUACAAUGCGUCUUUCAGGGUGUUGAACGGUCUCGGUAAACGAUGAGCCAACUUUACCGGUCAACACGAAGGGGAAUGAGCCACUCUUGAACCCCGAAAACAAGUCCUUCUUGGCGGGGGAGAGAGAGAAUGCAGAAGCCGAGAGACCUGCUCGCUGUUGUCGGCUUGACUGGGAAAUGGUAGCGUACUGUAGGAACCGCACUUGGAAGGAACAUGGUCGAGAGGAGCAGCAAAUUCUUGUUGAUCGUCGUCGGAUCCGUGUGUUUUAUGCUGAUUCUCUAUCAGUACGUAGCUCCCGGGGUGAUCAAUUUCGGCUCUCCGCACGGUUAUUUCACGGAAGAAGACGAGGGGGACAUCUUCCCCACUCCGGACCCCCACUACGUUAAGAAAUACUACUUCCCCGUCAGAGACCUAGAGAGGACGAUUGAUUUCCAAAUCAAAGGGGAGGACGUGAUUGUGUUUUUGCACAUCCAGAAGACCGGGGGGACUACCUUCGGCAGGCACCUGGUCCAGAAUGUACGUCUGGAGGUCCCCUGCGACUGCAGACCGGGCCAGAAGAAGUGUACCUGCUACCGGCCGAACCGCAAGGAGACCUGGCUCUUCUCCCGGUUCUCCACCGGCUGGAGCUGCGGCUUGCACGCCGACUGGACCGAGCUCACCAACUGUGUGCCAGGGGUCCUCAACAAGAAGGAGAACAAACAGAAAAAUCUAAGGAAGUUCUACUACAUCACUCUGCUAAGGGACCCGGUGUCUCGAUACCUCAGUGAGUGGCGGCACGUGCAGCGGGGAGCCACGUGGAAAACCUCCCUGCACAUGUGCGAUGGACGGACCCCUACGCCCGAGGAGCUGCCCUCAUGCUACGAGGGCUCCGACUGGUCGGGGUGCACCCUGCAGCAGUUCAUGGACUGCCCUUACAACCUGGCCAACAACAGACAGGUUCGUAUGUUAGCGGACCUGAGCCUCGUCGGCUGCUACAACAUGUCCACGGUUCCAGAAAAGAAAAGGGCCCAGCUUCUCCUGGAGUCCGCCAAGAAGAACCUUCGAGACAUGGCCUUCUUUGGUCUGACAGAGUACCAGAGGAAAACCCAGUUCCUGUUUGAACGAACCUUCAGGUUGCGCUUCAUCAGGCCUUUCAUGCAGUACAACAGCACCCGAGCUGCAGGGGUGGACCUGGACAACACUACGGUCCAGCGUAUAGAGGAGCUGAAUGAGCUGGACAUGGAGCUGUACGACUACGCCAGGGAUCUGUUCCAGCAGCGCUACCAGUACACCCGGCAGCAGGAGAGGCGGCAGCAGCGCAUCAAGAACCACUUGCAGCAGAGCCACCAGGGCCUGGGCCUGGGCGUCAACCUGUGGCCCUCCCAUGGCCGGCAGAGCUCAGUGUCCACACUGGAGGACGGAGAAGGGGAGAGGGAGGAGGGUGAGGAGGGAGGCAGAACGGAGGAGGCGGGCAGUAGGCUUCCAACUGAGGACUACAUGAACCAGAUCAUCAACCGCUGGUAGCAGCAGAAUGAUACACAGACAUGCAUAUGUGAUGUGAAAAGUAUACAUACACACACACAAACACACACACACACACAGAGAUUGGCGCCUGCAUCAAGUCCCAAAUUACUGACUAACAGACUUUACUGGAGAGGGGGCCGUGAAUGAGAGUCGCAGUGGUUGUUAUGGAGACCUGGGCUUGGUCGAUUGCAUCAGCUCACAUUAUUGAGGUUUGCCCAGUUGUUAUUAGCACCUGCUUGCCCUCUCCCCCUCUAAGGUUCUCUCUCUCUCCUAUCAUCAUUACUGACUGAGCAGAGGAGAGAUAUUUUCAAGACUUGCUGACAACCAAGUACCAUCCAUCUCUCCCGCCUCCCCUCCUCCUCUUCCUCCUCCUCCUACUCUAUCCCUCUUGUUCUCUGUGGCCUCAUAUGGAGCAUGAGAACAUAAAAUUAAGUCUGUGAAUUCCAGCUAACUCUUGCUGAAGGAGCAGUCUAAUUCCUGGAUGCUCCAUUUUCAGAAGAACUGGGAAAGCUAUAAAAGUGUGCAAAUGGCUGAGCUGAACAAAGAAAACGGUGGGAGUACAUGAGAGACGGAACUCUAAAGAAGUGAAGAAAAGUUGGACUGAGUUGCGUAAUAAAGCUUUCCACUAAGAAAAAAAAAAUCAGCCAUUUCACCCAUGAACCCGCUUUGGUCAUGAAAUAAUGACAUUUCAUUCUCAUUUUAGGAUGAUUCAUUUAUAUUUUCCUUUUUGUUUAUGCUUUUUUAAAGCAGAAUUGUGAUAACACUGAGACCAAUGUUGCUGCCUAAAGAAAAGUGAUUCCUUUAUUUCUUUAUUUUUAUUGGUUUUAUAAGUCAAAGCUAAUGGACCGGAUUGAUGUACUAUGGACCAUAGCCAUUACUGAAGCCUUGCAUUUUAAGGGGGGGGGGGGGGGGGGCUGUUUCUCUGUUCAAGGUUUCCAAAGCGCCUGUCGCAUAACAUUUCAUUAUUUCUCCUUUUCUCUCCUUGUUUUUGUGUGUCUCAGUCCUGCAGAGAAUGACAUCCAAUUACAGAGUUGAAUCUUACAUAGGUGCGAAGAAAUCAAAGGCCGGGAGAGGAGGGCGAGUCUGCUGCAGUUUGUUGCCAGGAACCGUGCUGUGUGAGCGGCAAGCGCUCUGGAAACCUUGACUUAGACAAAUGCACAAGAUGGGAGUUGUGGAACUACUGGUCACCAUGGCAAUGUGAGCCCUUAAUGUAGUGGGUGGCAUUUUCAUUUUUAUUUUUUUAUUUUUUUCUUAGCAAAAGCGGCAGUCUCAAACAAGCCUCCUUCCCACCUGCUGCAAGGGCGCACACAGCACCGGUGACCUGUAGUUCGUUAGUGGAACCGGUAUUUUACUUGGUUUUAACCUGAAGAACGCACGGGGCAAGGUAGCAGUGCCUCUAUGUACUGGGAUCAUAGUCAACAUAAUUAUUGCCAGAUAUUGUGUCUGCAUUAUACUGAUUUUCUCUGACUACUGUGUGUGUGUGUGUGUGUGUGUGUGUGUGUAAAUAGUAUGUACAGUAUGCCUUUGAUUGGCGUAUGUCUAUGCCUUUGUAAAUAGCGUGCCUGACUGAGAGAGGAUGCCUGAUGAGUUUUGUGAAUGACUGGUUCCAUGACCAAUAAUCUUGCCAUUUUUUUGUGGUGAAGGGACGGGGCAACAAAGUCCCUCCAACAGUAUGUCACAGCCGUGUGACCAUCACAGUGAUGCAAGCCAAUAAUACUCCCCUCUGCCCUUUCCUUUACCAGUUUAUUUCCCCUUCUUCCCAUCACCUCCCGUGACGUAGUUACACAUGAGGACUGCAUCACUAUAAUUAUCUAAAAUACUAAUUUAUAUUUUUCAAAAUCUGCACGUGUGACACGUCUUUACUCUUGACUGUAAAAUGUACAAGUAGGGUUGGCUCAAGACAGUCGGCUCCACCAAUUGCAGCAAAUUCUGUGACCCAGAAUUAUAGAAUUUGUUGUAACAGCGUUUCCUGCAUUGCAAAAUAUCCACAUUUGCUAAGCUUUGAUCCUGACGAAUCUCUUAUUGAACCUUUUAUCUCUCCUCCUGCACCGUAGAAAACAUGUAUGCAGCUUUUUGCCUUUUAAAAUGACAAACAUCACCCAGAUCAGGACUCUUUUGUGAUCUCAGUCAGCACUUACAAAGUUUCUUACACAAACCUUAAAUAAAAACGUUACUUUUUAACUUUUUAAGAGGGAAUUUAGAGGGUAUCAGAGGGAAUUUUUGUGGCCCCACAGCUGUCGACUCUGGGCAAAUUUAACAUUUAAAUCCUAUAUUUCCAUAGAUUGUGAUGACUACUGGCACGACCUGAGCAGCUGACUUAGUGUACAUUGCAGUAUAGAGGAAGUCUGUGGAAAUGGCCGUGUUUAAACGCUGGUCUUGUCCUGGGUAGACAUUUUAUCAGUCCGAAAACAACUUUGGAGACACAACCUCCUACUGGAUAACUGUGGG